AUGGCAGAGCAAACGCUAAAUAAAUCUCGAGAAUUAAUUCAACUUACUCCAAACAGCAAGCUUAUUUUCCAACACAGCUCUGAAAAAGUGACUACAUUUCUCGCUUUAAAUAACACUACAUCAUCGAAAAUUGCUUUUAAGUUAAAGACAACUUCUCCAUAUGAUUUCACUGUUUGUCCAUCUAAAGGAUUUAUUACUCCAUAUUCAUGCACCAAAGUUAAGAUCAUACUCUUACCUAUUUCCGGUGUGCAAAAGAGACGUCACAAGUUUCUUGUUCAAGCCAAAAGUGCCACUACCAACGAUUUUACAAAAAUUGAUUGAAAAGAUCCGAAUAUUGAAGUUCAUAAAUUACGCGUUGUCUUUGAAAAUUUAUGCCUAUAUCUAAUAACUGAGUGUGUGAGCUCUAGUUAAUAAGCCUAUAGAAUAAUAAUAUUAAUAUAAAUAGGGAUAUCUCCGGACGAUAUAAAUUCAGACUUAGAUAGCAUUAAAACGACUCGAAGCGAAACUUUGUAUACUGAAAGCGAUAAAAAUGAAAAUCCAGAUUUUUUUGCGCCUUUAAAAGCGACCAAGAAACGGAAAAGAAAAGGGAAACGAAGAAGACUAGGAGGUUACGGAAAGCUGCAUAUAAUGCUAGCUUUCAUCAUUGGAAUUUUAGUUGGAAUUUUUGGAAGCGUUUAUUAA